AUGGUGGCGAAGAAAGGUGGCGCCUUGGAUGUCUUUUUGGCGAAAAGAAUUAGUAGCUUUUUAUUCUUCUUCGGCCUCCUCUUGCUAUGUCUAUGCCUAUGCCUGUGCACAAGGUCACAAGAACAGGCCUGCCACCCGGAUGAGCUCGAAGCUCUGCUGGAGUUCUCAGGCGAGUUGGACUCGGAAGGCAGGGGUUGGAGCUUUAAUGCCUCUUCCACCGAUUGCUGCUCUUGGCCCGGUGUCUAUUGCGGCGGCGGCUCGCCUGAUUCUGGACCCCGAGUCAUCGGACUGGACUUUCAAAACCAGAGCCUGAAGGGCUCCCUCUCUCAUUUCUUGGCGGAUUUAUCCUACCUUAAAUGGCUUAACCUUUCUUACAACUCCCUUCACGGCCCCGUUCCAUCCACUUUGUUUCGUCAUCGCCAAUUGGAAGUGCUCAAUCUCGAGUUCAAUGAUUUCUCAGGCUCCAUUCCUGCUGAUUUAUACCUUCCUUCCAUUCGCCACUUCAAUGUCUCCUACAAUUUCUUCAAUGGCACUCUCCCUCUUUUCGUCGGGUCCGCUCACUUGAUCCUGCUCGACGUCAGCUUCAAUGCCUUCUCCGGCACCGUUCCUACGGCCAUAUGCGCUUCUACUCCCGGAGUUAGAUUUUUUAUCUUCUCCAUGAACUUAUUGUCUGGUGAAAUCCCUGCAGCUAUCUCCAACUGUACUUCUCUUCAGGAGCUCUCGCUUGAUUUGAAUGAGAUCAGCGGGAACUUGCCACCGCAGUUGUUCAUGCUCUCAUCUUUGAGGAUAUUGAAUCUUCAAGAGAACCAGCUGUCCGGCGGUUUGAGCUCGAGUCUAGGUAACCUAUCUAACCUUGAGCAAUUGGAUCUCUCAGUGAAUUCGUUCUCGGGUAGAAUUCCAGAUGUAUUUGGAAGCCUAAGGAUGCUAGCGUAUAUUUCUAUUCAUUCCAAUAGCUUUGAUGGCCCUUUGCCCUCUUCAUUGUCGAGCGCAUCGUCGCUCAGGGUACUCAAUCUUAGAAAUAAUUCACUCAGUGGCGACAUCAGUUUAGACUGCGCAAGGAUGAAGAAGUUGCUCUAUCUUGAUCUUGGGUCAAACUUUUUCAGUGGCCACAUUCCUUCUACUCUGCACCAGUGUGUGGAGUUGAGAACCUUAAAUCUCGCGCGAAACAACCUCAGCGGUCAACUCCCAAACAGUUUCAAGAAUUUUACUCGGCUAUCCUACCUCUCCCUUUCCAACAACAGUUUAUCCAACAUAUCCUCAGCCAUGGAAAUCCUUCAGGGUCUCCCUUCACUUGCUGGUUUAGUCCUUACCAUGAAUUUCCACGAUUACAAAGAGAGGAUGCCGGUGAAUCGAAUUCAUGGUUUCCAUAAUUUGCAGGUUCUUGUCAUCGCGAACUGCGGCCUUUCCGGUUCAGUACCACCCUGGUUAGCAAACUGCACCAAGCUUCUGGUUUUGGAUUUCUCGUGGAAUCAUUUACGAGGAACCAUUCCCUCGUGGAUAGGGAAGUUCGAUUACUUGUUCUAUUUAGACUUGUCCAACAAUUCACUCAGCGGUAACUUCCCAGAAAGUUUGGCGCAUGUCCAAGGCCUAAUAUCUCCAAAUAGGUCACUGCUUGGAGCUUCGACAGAUUAUUUUCCCUUCUUCAUCAAGAGAAACAACAGUGGAAAGGGAUUGCAGUACAACCAGCUCAGCAGCUUUCCCCCAUCCUUAAUCCUAGGAAAUAACUUGCUCGUUGGAUCAAUCUUGCCGGGACUAGGGAACCUGAAGAAUCUCCAUACAUUGGACUUGAGCAGAAACAAGUUAUCAGGGGCUAUUCCUGAGCAGUUAUCAGGCAUGUCAAGCAUAGAGAGCUUAGAUUUGUCGCACAAUCAACUGAAUGGAAGCAUUCCUCUAUCACUUACCAGCUUAAAUUUUCUCUCUAGUUUCAGUGUGGCCUUCAAUAAUUUAACUGGAUUCAUCCCUACAGGAGGACAGUUCUCGACAUUCUCAGGCUCCGACUUUGAGGGCAAUCCCAGUCUUUGUGGCUAUCACUUGAACUCCUGCAAUUCUGAUGUACCUCAACUUCCCAAACAAGCAGACGGUGAUGGAAGGAGUGACAAAAACUUAAUCGUUGGCAUGGUCACUGGCACAACGCUCGGAACCAUUCUACUCCUGGUUAUUAUCUACCUGUUUGUAUCAAGAACUCAGUGCCGGAGGGAGGAUUCGGUUGAGCCAGUGAUGGAUACCAAUGGGAACUCGAAGAUGGAGGAGGGGUCAAGAUUGGUGCUUUUGUUUCAGAACAAGGAGAACAAGGAGCUGAGCAUCGGUGAUAUCAUGAGAUCAACCAACAGUUUUGACCAAGCUAACAUCAUUGGUUGUGGAGGCUUCGGACUAGUCUACAAAGCAACACUCCCAGAUGGUAGUAAUGUGGCAAUCAAGCGGCUUUCCGGAGACUACGGCCAGAUGGAGAGGGAAUUCCAGGCAGAGGUAGAAGCUCUUUCGAGAGCUCAGCAUGCGAACCUGGUUCUACUUCAAGGAUACUGCAAAAUUGGGAAUGACAGACUUCUAAUCUACUCAUUCAUGGAGAAUGGGAGUUUGGACUACUGGCUUCACGAGAAGGUAGAAGGAGCUGGCUCAAUACUAGAUUGGAACAAACGACUAAGGAUUGCUCAAGGUGCCGCAAGGGGUUUGGCCUACCUUCACCAAUCAUGUGAUCCCCACAUAUUACACCGAGACAUUAAGUCGAGCAACAUCUUGCUUGACAACGAGUUUGAAGCUCAUCUUGCCGACUUUGGGCUGGCGAGACUUAUUUUGCCUUAUGACACGCAUGUAACAACAGACUUAGUUGGUACGUUGGGCUACAUUCCUCCUGAAUACGGCCAAUCCUCCGUUGCUACUUUCAGAGGUGAUAUAUAUAGCUUGGGUGUUGUUCUACUGGAGUUGCUUACUGGAAGAAGGCCGUUGGACAUGUGCAAGCCAAGAGCGGCCAGGGAGUUAGUCUCAUGGGUUCUUCUAAUGAAGGCGGCGAAGAGGGAGGCUGAAGUUUUCGAUCCUCACGUAUAUGAUAAACUGUACGAGUACCAGAUGCUGAAAAUGCUGGAGAUUGCUCACCUUUGCCUGAACAACUCCCCCAAGAUGAGACCCUCAACAAAUGAGCUUGCUACUUGGCUUGAAAAUAUCAACAACGCAUGAGCACCAGAGGUUGGCUUCCUCAUCGAAAAAUUCAAGCUUUGGUUCUAAUCUUCCACCAUGGUAGAAGUCACCCACAUCAAUUUCCUUUUACCCUUUGUUUUUUCCUGUCUCCCACAGCCCGCCCACUCCGAGUUUAGAAGCAUCUAGUUGAGCAAUAUAUUAAUAUAAUAGAUUGGCCUAGUUUGUACCUAAAUGGCUAAACCAUUUUCCAUUACUAUCACAAUGAAUCGUGGGCAAAAUA